GAAUCUAUCUUCCGAUGAUGUUCGGUUGUGUUCCCAACAACGAAAAGGCACGCCCCCGCAGAAUCUGCAAUUGAGUCCCCACAACACACUGACCAUCAACACUGCCCUUUGUUCCCUCUUUUACUGAAAGAGAGAAACAAAAAGAAAAAGAAAAAGAGAGAAAGAAAAAGCGUUCCUUUUUCAGAAAGAGCGAGGCAGAGUGAAAGAAAGAAGUGAAGGGCGGCGACGGCGGGGUUCCUUCGGCCGCAAUGAGGCUCACCGGAGACGGGAAUGGUGGUGGUGGUGGGGAAGGAGGUUUGACGGUGGUCGGGGUGAAAAUGGAUGGCCGGAGUAAAGAGUUGUUGACUUGGGCUCUGGUUAAAAUCGCUCGGCCCGGCGAUCGCGUCGUUGCUCUUCACGUUCUCAAUCUCAAUACAGAAGAUAAAGGGGAGUUGCUUUCGUUGGUGAAGACGUUUGAUUCAGUGCUGGCAGCUUAUGAAGGCUUCUGCAACUUAAAGCAGGUUGAUUUGAAGUUUAAGGUUUGUAGGGGAUCACCGGUGCGUAAGAUCCUAGUCCGGGAAGCGAAAACUUAUAGAGCUGCAAAUUUGGUUGUUGGUACUUCGUCCACCCACCAUACAAUCCGGUCUACGGUUUCAGUUGCCAAGUAUUGUGCCAGGAAUGUUGAGAGGAGCGUUUCGGUUAUUGCUGUUAGUGAUGGGAAAAUUGCCUUUCAAAGGGGAGCAUCGGAUUUGAUUGGCCAAACGUGUCAUGUUGAUGUUCCUGGAACAGCACGACUGGCCUCUUCGAGUAGUGGCGGUGGUAAUGAGAGUAACCCUCUAGCUUUGGUGCCCGCCAAGUCUAUGGACCUGCCUGAAUCUAAGCCGGGAUGGUCGCUGCUUAGAAGAGUGCUACUUCAAAACGGGAAGAAGUCUGGAAAAUCUGCAAAAAUGUCGUCUUUAGUGCAACGGGUUCUGACUUUGCAAAGUAGGCAAUCUUUUGCAGCUAUCUACCCUGAUCACAAACAUGGUAUAUGCGAGGACAAUUGCCAUUCUCCUAGAUCAGAUGAAAAGAACGAUGAAAUUGCGUCUGCCUCAAGUGGCACGACCUCUCUUUCUGUUCCUAAAGAGCUAGAGGAUCUUUCGAAAAAGUAUGCAUCUCUCUGCAGAUUGUUCAGCUACGAGGAACUUUUGACAGCAACGUCUAAUUUCACAUCUGAGAAUAUAAUUGGAAAAGGCGGUAGCAGUAUGGUUUACAAAGGGUGCCUUCCCGAUGGCAAGGAAGUAGCAGUGAAAACGCUUAAGCCAUCACAAACUAUGGUGAUCCAAUUUUGUUCAGAAAUCGAGAUUCUUACAACUUUGCAUCACAAAAACAUUAUAUCGCUUCUGGGGUUUUGCUUCGGAGACAGCAAUCUUCUGUUGGUCUAUAAUCUGUUAUCCAGAGGAAGCCUCGAGGACAAUCUCCGUGGUACUCCAAAUGUCGGUAACACAUUUGGUUGGAGCGAUAGGUACAAGGUUGCUUUGGGCAUUGCUGAGGCGUUGGACCAUCUGCACAAUUCAGCUGAUGAACCUAUUAUACACAGGGACGUUAAAUCUUCAAAUAUUCUUCUUUCUGACGAUUUUGAGCCACGGCUGUCUGAUUUCGGACUCACAACAAUGGCUUCAAGUUUAUCGUGUCACUUAGAAAGCAUUGAUGUUGCUGGAACAUUCGGCUACUUGGCUCCGGAAUAUCUUGCCCAUGGAAAAAUAAAUGAAAAAAUUGAUGUGUAUGCAUUUGGUAUUGUGCUGCUCGAGCUUUUAUCGGGUAGAAAGCCAAUUGAUAAUAGGAAUGCCAAUGCACAGAAAAGCUUGGUUUUGUGGGCAGAAGAAAUGUUGAGGCUCGGGAAAGCUACAGCGUUGCUAGACGAAAGCUUGGUUGACGCAUACGACCAUGAUGAGUUCGAGAGAGUCGUCUUGGCAGCAAAACUUUGCAUCAACCAUGACCCGAGAUUUCGCCCUGAAAUAAACCUUGUGGUUAGACUUCUCCGAGGCGAACCGGAUGCAAUUGAUUUGGCGAGGCAACAUGUGGAUGGGUCGGAGGAAUUGGACGGGGUUGAUUGUGAAAAACCCGGAACCGACAUCCAAUCCUUGAUUAAUCUUGCAUUGUUGAAUUUGGAAGAUGAUUCCCCUGCAAGUAGCAGUAAUGGUCAAAACAUCUCAGUGGAGGAUUAUUUGCAGGGCAGAUGGAGCUGUUCCUCAAGCUGUGAUUAGGCUUUCUAACCAACAUUUUGGUCUGCAGACAAGCUAACAGUGUUCUUUUAUGUGUAAAUCCCCCCCUCCCCUCCCAUGUAGUUUCUUGGUUUGGUUUUGUUGUAAUUGUGUCUUUGUUGAUGGGUAUGCAAAGCUGCCUCAUCCUUGCUUGAUUUGUUCUCAGUUGCAAUUUGGUGUUUGGUGGCAUUUCUUAUUUCAAUUCUAAAUAUAUCAUUUAUUUGUUUUUAUGUA